CACUAUCAGCCUGGGCGGCGGGGGCGAGUCUGUGUAGGAGGGAAAGCGGGAUUCAAUUUCAAACCCAAGUCAACUUAGCGAGGGAAGCGCCAUCGGAGUGGACAAUUAGCAUAAAAAACGGACAACUUCUUAGUUUUGCCUUUAAAAAAAUAUAAAUAACGCCAAGGGUCGUUGUUGCGUUUGGAGGAGUGGCGUGCCCGCGUCUUUGCUACCGUGCUGGAUCCAUUUUGAGGGAGAAAACGACCCUCCUCCGCUUCAUCAAUAGCAGCAGUUUGAUUUUGCACCGCGACGCCGAUUUGUGCGGGAAACAUGCCGAGGUCCAACAGGCAGCGGGAAUACAAACCUGGAGAUCUGGUAUUUGCUAAAAUGAAGGGGUAUCCACACUGGCCUGCUCGGAUUGAUGAGUUUCCAGAGCGGGCAGUGAAAUCCCCCUCCAACAAGUACCAGGUGUUCUUUUUCGGGACACAUGAGACGGCUUCCCUCGGGGCCAAGGAUUUGUUCCCGUACGACGAGUGCAAAGAGAAGUUCGGCAAGGCGAACAAGCGGAAAGGCUUUGCAGAGGGCCUCUGGGAGAUUGAGAACAACCCCACUGUCACACACGAAGGCUAUAAGUCGUCCAAGAAAGACGAUGUAUCUGAAGAAGUAGCCGGUUCAGAGAAAGGCGACGCUGAUGGCAGCAGUGACGAGGACGAGGGCGCUCUGGUUAUUGACGAGAAAAACGACAGGGGAGGAAAUAAACGCAAAGCGAAUGAGUCGGCAGAGGUGUCACCAAAGAGGCCGAAGGACGCCGAUACAGAGGGUGCUUCCAACGCGGGCGACGGCAAGACUGAGGGCAAGGCCAACGAUGUGGCUGCUGCACCCAAGGCAGCUGCUCCCCCCUCGCAGGCCGAGUCCAAAGCAGAGGAGCAGGAGAACAACGCAGCAGGGGGGCAGCAGACAGCAGACAAGGCCGUGACAGAGAGCGCUUAACGUCCACCCUCGCUAGACAAGAACCUUUUUUGAUGCUUCUCACUGGAAUCUUCAGCAUCAAACACCAUGACCUGCAGGAAGACACAUUUCUCAAAGUUUGAUUAUCAAUAUUUGCAAAAAAACAAAAAAAACAACCACCUGAUGUUUGUAUCGAGAGUCAAACCAAUGUUAAUUUGUCAAAUUGGGAUAUUAUAUAUGCCAAUAAUCAGAUUUCAAACAAUUAAAUUGAGCUGUUUAGUGCUCGUUUAUUAUAAAUGGGAUUUUGGUGUGUACAUAUUUUUUAUUUCCAAGUGCAAUUAAUCAAUUGAGGAGUGAAUGCCAGGUGUCUCAGUAUCAGUAAAGAAAAAAGGGUAACGUAACACAUUACAUCACAAAAUAUUCCCAUUUGGAGGUCUUUAAACAUGGGUAUUGUAUAGGGAAGGAAUAAAAACUUUUGUGCUCUCAGCUUUAAUUCAUCAUGUUUUACAUUUAGCUGCUCAGCAUCCUAAAUUCAAACAUGUACAUUUAGUUUUCUAUCCCAUGAAUCAUUGUCUAGUUCAUUGUUUUCUGGUGUUUUAAUGCAACGUAGCUUUUGUUGCUUUGGUGUCGUGCUCAGUCAGGGUGCACAUUGUGAUGAAGCCCUCCUGGCUCCUAAUCGUGUAUUAAAUAUAUUAUAUAUAAAUAUAUAUUUAGACCCCAUUUCAGAGCGACUAUUUUAGGAUUAUGGUAGAUGAUUAGGUGCGUCGUUUGGCUGCCGAAAGACAUUCCUGCAUGUUUGGUCAUGUUAGCGUAUAGCUGAGGCGUCUAGUACACAUCAACAGUUAAUCGGGUCAACGAGUUCCCCUCUAAAUUUCCUCUUGUUAUAUAUAUAUAUAUACCACAGUCGUUUUGAAAAUUAUGCCAUUGCUUGGUGCUUAUAUGUAAUUGUGACCAUUUUGACUACAUUACGUUCAAUGAAAAGAAAACAGAUUUUUGAUUGAAAAAUCUACAGUGAAGCAUCUGUAAAACUUUCUCAUGUCCAAAUUGCUUAACUGGAAUUCAAGUAUUGCUAUUUUUUGCUGUGCUAGUCAGUUUUUUUUUGUGGGGGGGUGAUCUUUUGCUCUUUGUCUCCUGCAUUUAGCAACAUGCGCCCACUAAUAAAAUGAAGAGGGGGUAAUUUGCAUAAAUGUGACAUUUACACCCAUAAUGCUGUCGUUUGUCAAUAGCCGUUCGCAUCUGAAGAAAAUGACAGCAACAUAAUUUGCUCUUGAAAUGUUAGUUGUUGGGUUUCAGUUUGGUUUGUAUCAUCUUGAUCUGCUGCGCUUAGUUUAAUAUUGUAGUUGCUUGUCCAUUUAAUAAAAAUGUUUAUUACAAAAUGUA